AAAAAAAUUCAAUAAUUAUAAUUAAGAACCAACAAAUGUAAAGUUUUUACAUUUUACAUUAAAAUAAAUAUGUAGUUGAUAAAUGAAUUUACCUUUAAUAGUUCCCCAUUUCACCCUUAAGAAGUCAAGAGAUUUUCCACUGGAUUUCAUAUUGAUUGUAUUAAGUAGAUGCUGGUGGAAAUGCAUAUUGGUCAAGCUCCCGCGCGAAUAUGCUCAUUAAAAAUUUUAAAUGUCAUUAUAAUUAAGAACCAACAAAUGUAAAGAUUUUACAUUUUACAUUAAAAUAAAUAUGUAGUUGAUAAAUGAACUUACCUUUUAAUAGUUCCCCAUUUCACCCUGAAGAAGUCAAGAGAUUUUCCACUGGAUUUCAUAUUGAUUGUAUUAAGUAGAUGCUGGUGGAAAUGCAUAUUGGUCAAGCUCCCGCGCGAAUUUAAUUAACCCCAAGAAGACAAUGUAUGCGACUUGCAAACAGCAAAAUAUGUGAGCUUGAUGACAGGGUGGACAUUUUUGGCUAAUAUUAGCAUUUGAUGACCACUUAGUGACAUGAUUCACUGAAGCAAGCUUCCAGUGUACUGUUUAACAAAUAUCAUUUGAAUUUCUGAGGAGGGAAAAAAAAAUAAAAAAUUUAAAUUGACUUCACUAUUGACAGAGUGGACAUGUUAAGCUUGCUAACAUCCAACCACUGAAAAUGACAAAACCGAAGUGUAAAAAUUUGGUCCGCAACACUGUUUCAGCUUCCACUGAAGAAAGACAAAAUGCUGGUCGUAAGUAGGUCACGUAAAAAACAGGUUCGGGACAGCAAGAUGUUGUAAAACUCCAGGAGAUCCUCCCCUAUGGGUCACCUCUUAUAAAUGGAAGAAACCUCAGCUCACUCCAACACAAUUUCGACUGCGGCCACGUCCCGCCUGCUAUUCCGCAAACAGCUUUGUUUCACACUGAAUCCGCCGCCAUGGCCGCCAACGCAUCGUGGCCGACGCCGGUGAGCGCGACGGCGCACCUCAACCUGACGGGGAAAGCCUUCAGCGUGUUCGACGGCUGCGACUCGCAAGUGGAGGGCAUCCUGUUCGACCUGACGCUGCAGUGCGCCAACGUGGUGGUGGGCAUCCCCGCCAACAUCCUGGUCAUCACCGUGCUGGUGUGCAACCGCAAAGAGCCGGCCACCUCCGACAUCUAUCUGGGCUCUCUGGCCUUCCUGGACGCCUACUUCGGCUUUAUGACGCCCGUCAGCUUCCUCAACCUCUACCUCUGGCAAAGCAAGGCGGUGUGGUCGGCCCUCAAGUUCUCCUACGGGGUGAAGGACACCAGCGGGCCUCUGUUCCUCUCCUGCAUCUGCCUGGAUCGCUUCUUGGCCGUGGUCUUCCCGCUGGCGUUCGGCCACCUCAAGCACGUCAAGUACCGGCUGGGCCUGUCCGCGCUGGUCUUCGGCCUCACCUUCGCCUACUCCGCCGCCAAGGUGGUGGGCGGCCUGCCCGACUUCGAGAAGGUGUUCACCGGCGAGAUCCUGACCACGUUCACCUGGAUGGUGGUGUGCAACGCCAGCAUCCUGUGGGCCCUGAAGAAGUCGGGCGGGGUCGGGAAGGACGACAUGCGUCCCAUGAAGAGGAAGGCGUUCAAGAUCGUGCUGUCCCUCCUUUGCGUCGUGGUGGCCAACUACCUGCCGCCCGUGGCCCUGUUCCCCUUCGAGGACUACUACUCGCCCGACGUCUUCCGCUGCUACGUGCAGCCCGUGGGCUUCGCCUUCCUCAACAUCAGCAGCACCAUCCAGCCUCUGGUCUACCUGUCCCGCCUGAAGAAGCUCCCCUUCCUGCCGGACGCCUGCGUCCCAAAGUGCUGCCCCUGUGUCGCCGGGGACAAAGACAAAACACCGCCUGCGACGCAAAACCCGUCGGACUAAAGAGAACACUUUUAAAGCCAGCCCUCCUCUUAAUUCUUUGUAGUGUGUUAUACAGGGACUAUAAAAAGUCGACACACCCCUGUUCGCUUUCAUCUAUAAACACUUCAUUCAACAAAGCAUUGAUGUUUUUUUAAUGGUCUUCUGAAAAUGUGUCUGGGAGCGAGUCGUUCUGCCCUUCCGAUGUUGUCAAACUUGUGCAAGCCGUCAGGCGCUCUCGCCGGUGCCUACAGACCUUCAACAAGUCCACGUCGUCUUCCUCCAGCAGCCGACGGACGGCGCCGACGCUCUCGGCCAGAGACAGCACCUCGGCCGCCAUCUGCUUCAUCUUGUCGUUC